AUGAAAACCGUUUCUGUGAAUGCCAAAUGUUUUCUUUCUCUUUCUCGUUCUUUCUUUUUCUCGUUCUUUCUCCUCUCUCUCACUCUCUUUCUCUCUCUUUCUCUCCCUCCCUCUUUCUCGCUAGCUCUCACUCUUUUUUUUUCUGAACAAGAAAGAAAAGAAAGUCGACAUUAUCAGUUCCAACAUUUCGUUUUCUUUUCCUGCACUUCCCGUCUUUCGUUUUCUUUUCACGCAAUUCCCGCUUUUUUUCUUUUCCUGCACUUCCGGUAUUUCGUUUCCUUUUCUCGCAAUUCCCGCCUUUUUCUUUUCCUGCACUUCUGGUCUUUCGUUUUUUUUUCUCGCAAUUUCCGUUUUUUUUUCUUUUCCUGCACUUCACGUGUUUCGUUUCCUCUUCUUGCAAUUCCCGCCUUUUUUUUCCUGCACUUCCGGUCUUUCGUUUUCGUUUCUCGCAAUUCCCGCCUUUUGUUUUCUUUUCAGGCACUUCCCGCUUUGCGUUUUUUAUCUUUUUUUUUUUUUUUUUUUUGCAAUUCCCGCCUUCCGUUUACUUCCUACCCUGAUAACUAG